CUUUUAACAUCGACAUCGUCUCUUGUAGAAAAUGGUUGCGGAAAAAUACGAUAAGCUCGAGCCUGAGCUGAAACAAGAAUUGAAAAACAUCGCCCAGCAGAUUGUGGCACCUGGGAAAGGAAUCCUGGCUGCGGAUGAAUCGACCACAACCAUCGGCAAGCGUCUGAAAGACAUCAACGUUGAGAAUUCCGAGGAUAAUCGUAAAGCUUACAGACAACUUCUCUUCACCGCCGCUAAGGACACGAUCAGCCAGCACAUCUCUGGUGUCAUUCUGUUCCACGAGACUCUCUACCAAAAGGCCGACGAUGGAACACCAUUCGUCGAACUGCUGAAGCAACGUGGCAUCCUGCCAGGCAUCAAGGUCGACAAGGGUGUGGUACCGUUGUUCGGCACCGACGACGAAUGCACCACCCAGGGCCUCGACGAUCUACAGGCCCGUUGCAUCCAAUACAAGAAAGACGGGUGCCAAUUCGCGAAAUGGAGAUGCGUGUUGAAGAUCAAGAAGGACUGUCCGAGCAAGUUGGCCAUCUUGGAGAACGCGAACGUCCUAGCUCGUUACGCUUCCAUCUGUCAGAGCGCUAGGAUCGUGCCGAUCGUCGAGCCGGAGAUCUUGCCCGACGGUGAUCACGACCUUGUCCGUUGCCAACAAGUUACGGAAGAAGUUCUGGCCGCUGUGUACAAGGCACUUUCUGAUCAUCAUGUGUACCUCGAGGGUACCCUCCUGAAACCGAAUAUGGUAACACCAGGACAAAGCAGCCCGAAAAAGGCAAGUCCUCAGGAGAUCGCGGCCGCUACCGUGACCGCUUUGCUGCGCACCGUACCACCCGCAGUGCCUGGCAUCACCUUCCUCAGCGGUGGCCAGUCGGAGGAAGAGGCAUCUGUCAACUUGGACGCCAUCAACAAGUUCCCCGCGAACAAACCUUGGGCACUGACCUUCAGCUACGGUCGUGCUCUUCAAGCCUCUGUCCUCCGUGCAUGGGGAGGCAAGAAGGAACAAAUUGCUGCCGGCCAGGAAGAACUUCUCAAGAGGGCUAAGGCUAACAGUGAAUCGGCACUCGGUAAAUAUGCUGGUGGCGUGACAGGAGCUGCUGGCGACGCAGCGCUUUUCGUCGCAAACCACGCGUACUAAACGAAAUCAUUAGACAUUAAUAAAGGAUUAGAUGAUUAGGUCGUUCGUCGAACAUUGUCAACGUCGAUCACUGUUGCCGAUGCAUGGGAACAUCGUCGACGAUGAAGAUGGGAAGCGAACGAAGAAAAAAAAAAAAAAAAAAA